CAGUGGUUCUGUUACAGCAUAAUACUGCAUUCUGCCAGGAACCAGCAAUCCUGCUCCUGGCCAUGGAAUUCAGAUCCAAGUGCUUCUCGGUGACUUUCAGCCCAAGGGUGACCAGCGAGCUGUGCAGCAGCACCCAGCAACAGCAAAGGCAGAGGUUCCCUGCAGGCACAGCAGCUCCUCCUGCCCACAGGAGCCCAACCUGAGAUCCCCAGUUGGAAUACAUCGGUGUACCUCAUAUCCCUGCAACACCCCAGACUUCAUGCUACCACGGGCCUGAUCCUCAUCCAUGUCUCUCACGCAGCUCAUCUGCACCACAGGCUUUAUGCUUUGGCACAGCACCGUGCUCUGCCCCACACAUCACCCCGAGCAUCACUGCAGUGUCAGCCCCAGGGCCAGGCCAUGCACGCAGGGCCCCAACGUGGGCUCUGUGUAAUCUGACCCACGCAGCGAUGCGCACACACCCCUUUUCUCUGCUAUUUGGGCAAAACUCAACGGCCGUUCCCCUCCUUGCACGGGAGCAGCAGCAGCAGCACAGGCACUCGGAUGUCCGACCGUUCUCCUUUGCACGGCACAGACGGGCGGUGAGAGACGCUGCAAUAGGCAAAAGACCACUGCGCGUCACCAGGGAAGGAUGUGGGCUUACACCGUAGGUUUUACUGUCCUGCCUCACGUCGGGGGUUUCCUCGGCUGGUUCGUCAAUAGGAAAGACACUCCUGUUUGGUACGAGAAGCUGAAAAAGCCCUCAUGGUGCCCACCCCGCAAAAUGUUCCCCGUUGCUUGGACCGUCCUGUACACCGGGAUGGGCUACGCCUCCUACCUGAUUUGGAAUGACCUGGGUGGCUGCAGCAGCAAAGCCAUCAUCCCGCUUGGCCUCUAUGGGGCUCAGCUGGCCUUGAACUGGGCUUGGCCUCCCUUCUUCUUUGGUGCACGUAAUCUGAAGAUGGCGCUGAUCGACAUCCUGUGCUUGGACAGCCUGGCCAUCGGCACCGUGUGCUCCUGGUACCGCAUCAACAAGGUGGCAGCGCUGCUGAUGCUGCCCUACCUGGGCUGGCUGGCCAUGGCAACCUGCCUGACCAUCCGCAUCUGGAAGGACAACCCUGAGCAAAAGACAGGAAAGAGCGAAUAAGAGCAGGAACGAAAUGAAGGCAUUUUGUGAAACGAAA